AUGCUACAAGAUGUUCAUGAUGAUGAAUUGGAAAAACUUUUACCACAACAUCGUCGACGAAAUAAAAUUGUUCCAUUAGAUCUAAAACAAUUUGUUGAAACAAAUCUUAUAAAAACAUCUCCACCUGCUGAUAAACAUGAUGAAACAAAACAUGAACAGCAAAUAACUAUUUGGACACGUGAACGACAAGAACAACAUGAUGAUGAUCAAAUUCAUCGUUUUAUUAUUGAACAAGAAAAGUUAAUUUAA